CUAAUUUAUGCCCCACCCCGAAUAUAUCCGGACCCAAAAUUUGGAUCGAAUAAACUGAUUUUUAAACAGCGAAUCUCUGAGCAGUAGUAUCAGAAAGAAGAAACGAAGAAGAGGAAAGAUAAUAUACCAGUUGGAAGGAAGGGAAACGACGCCGUAAUCGAGAAAAUCCCAAGGGAAGAGAAAGCAUAAAAACAGAGAACAGAGGUUAGAAUUCCCAGGUCGCCAAGAUGAAGACCACUAAAGGUGGUAAAGUUAUGAACCCUACCGAUGCUUAUCGGAAAGAGCUUCGGAAAAAAGAAUUGAAACGGAACAAGAAAGAGCGGAAAAAGGUACGGGAAGUGGGAAUCUUGAAGAAGGAUCCUGAAACACUCAUGGACCAAAUAUCCAAGCUCGAAGCAAUGAAGGCUGAAGGAGCUCUUGAUAAAGCAAGAAAGCACAAGAAGCGACAACUUGAAGAUACACUGAACUUAGUCAUGAAAAAGAGAAAGGAAUACGAGGAAAAGAAAAAAGAGAAGGGCGAAACUCCAGUGAUGUUCAGCCAUCUGGGACCCGUUCGUAAGAAUGCUGCGGUAGAGGAUGAAAGAGAGAAGCAUCCAAAUGCAGAGGACUCCGUUUACUACCAUCCUACAUUAAAUCCUACAGGAGCUCCUCCACUAGGAAAGCCUCCAAUGUUUAAAUCGUCAAUAGGACCUAGAAUUCCAUUAUCCACAGCUUCAUCAAGUGGUGCUGCAUCUUCGUCGACACUGGAUUCCUACAAUGGAAUGGAUGCUUUGUUAUCUUUUCCUCCACCACCACCUCCUCCUCCUCUACCUCUUACUGGUGACGUAAAUCCCAGUGAUGCAUCUGAAUUGCCUGCAUCCUUGCCUUUGCCACCACCCCCUCCUAUGCCGCCAAAUCCUCCAGUUACGGACUCGGGGGUGUUGUUAUCACCACCACCUUUGCCGCUGCCACCGCCACCACCACCUGGUCCCAAAGACCAGAUUUAUACUCAUCCUCUGCCUCCUCCUCCCCCUCAACCUAUUCUUCCAUCUGUCCAACAUCCAUCUCCGCCUCCACCUCCAGGAUCUGGUGUGCAUGAAAUGCAGAAGAGUCAUCCUACAAAAGCUGAAAACGCCACUUCGGGGGAUGUUUUCCAGGCAACACCAAUGCUUCCUCCACCUCCCCCACCUCCACCUACGGGUUUGCCACCAAAGGUGGGUAAUAAUCAGUUGGAAGGAACAUCUGAUUCAGAUGCUAAACCUCUUGACUAUAAUAAUCUGCACAAAAUGAUACCACCACCCCCACCACCUAUCAGGCCUCAGGUCCCAGUGCCUAGUCCCUUGGUCCCAAUGCUUCAUUCUGAUGUUUUGCCUCCUGGAAUUCCGAGAUUUGGCCUUCCCCCACCUCCACCGCCUCCAGCACUGGUUGGGCAUGCUUCACCUGGUGUUAUGGUUCCAAUGGUUGCAAGACCUCCGUUUGGGCCUCCACCGAUGAUGAGACCACUGCUGCCUCCUGGUCCGCCACCUAUGCCACAGGAUGAUCCUAGUGCCAGAGCACCAGUUCCCCAGAAACCAUCGUAUGUCAAAGCAGCGGCGUCUACUGUUGUUAAGAGGCCCCUAGCUCAGCAUACACCAGAGCUGACAGCUAUGGUUCCUGCAUCUGUUCGUGUAAGACGAGAAUCUGCAGCACCAAAAGCAAAACCAAAGCCAUCAACAAUUACAGCAGUCAAUCGGCCUGCAGCUGCUACUGUAUCUAUAACCAAGCAAGAAUCAAGUGGCUCGUCUUCCGCAUUGAAGCCACAGAGUAUUGACGACUCGUAUUUGGCAUUCAUGGAGGAUAUGAAAAAGAUUGGUGCCCUAGAUAGUUGAGCUAGCUGAGCUGCUUCAUAGAUUUGAGAACACUGACUCAGCUAUUCUAUUUUUCUGAGGACAUUAGUAAGAUUAUUUAAACAGUGUUUGUUAUAAACUAAAUUUGAUCUUUCUACUAAUAUAAACAGACAAAUAUUAUCGAUAACAGAUUAUUUGGAUUAAAAAUAAAAUAGAAAAAUUAUUAUUAAGGGUGUAAAUGAUAAAUUUUCAUUGCC